AUGGAUGAUUAUCUUACCAAUAAUUAUUAUUUACCAAUGGGUGAUGAUUGUUUUGAAAACGAAAUUUAUAAUACACCUAAUCCGUUAAACGAAUCUUUUACUACCACUACAUCUGAAAUAUCAAAUACUACUGAAAUAUCAGACACGACUUCUGAAACAUCAAAUAAUCUUGAUAUUAUUGAUGAAACAUCUAAUGCUUCUAACUCUUCACGAUCUGAUAUUUGGAAAUUUUUUACCAAAAAGAAAAAAGGAAAGUCAGUUGUUGCAAAAUGCAAACGUUGUCCAAGUGUUCAAUAUUCUGUCAUUAAAGGUGCAACAACAAAUCUUUGGACGCAUGUUAAAAGGAUGCAUUCAUCUCUUCUUGGAGCACCUCAACGCACUUUAGAUUUUUACAAGCCUAAUAAUAAUAAAUUUUCUGAAGUUACUCAAGAUAAUUUACGGGCAUGGAUUAUGGAAUGGAUCAUUCUCGAGGAUCUUUCCUUUACAAUAGUAGAGGGUCGAAUCAAAAAUAUAAUCGAGAGAAUUUCGAAAUUCCGUGUUGUAUCUGCGGAUACAAUUAAACGUGAUAUAAUAAAAAAAUAUAAAGAAAUGCAAACUAAUGUUCAAUUAGAAUUACAAGAAGUCUUUGAAAAGAUCUUAUUAAUCGAAGAAUUUUCAGACCUAGAUGAUUUAAAAUUAAGUCAAUCUGACUGGAAAUGUCUUGAAAAUAUUGCAGUGUUUUUAAAACGUUUUGCUAAACUUUCUACUGAAAUGUGUUCCUCUUUAUAUCCUACAAUUAGCAUGGUAUAUCCUAUGUAUAAUUAUCUUAUGGAUCAUUGUGAAAAGAGAAUAAAUAAUCAAGCCUCUGAUAAAGUAUCAAACGCAGCAAAAGAAGCAUGGGGCAAGCUUCAAGAAUAUUAUAAUAAAACUUCAGAAUCUUAUCAUUAUAUUUCCACGAUUCUUGAUCUCCGUUGGAAGCUUAAAUAUUUUCAAGCUUGGGCUAAUAAUAAAGAUGAUCAAGUUUAUUAUAAACAUGCAAAAGAUUUUAAUAAUUUAACACAAAAUGAAGAUGAUGAGGAUUCAUUGUUUCUUGUUCCAAAGCAUUUUCGUAAUCAUAAUAGUCGUAAUGAACUCAAUGCAUAUUUGGAUAGUUCUUCAGAACCUGGUGAAAUUAAUGUAUUAGAGUGGUGGAGAACUCAUAAAAAGCAAUAUCCUACUUUAGCAAUAAUGGCUCAUGAUUAUUUAUCAAUACCUGCCUCUAGUGCACCUGUAGAAAGGUUAUUUAGUAAAAGUGGAAAUGUUGUUACUUUAGAAAGGAAUAGACUUGAAGGCGAGACUAUUCAAGCAAUUAUGUGCCUUAAAAGUUGGUUAUAA